GCGUCUCUCUAAACAAAGCCUUCGCUCCCUUUUUUCCUUUUUUUUUUUUUCUUUUUCUUUUGCCCCGGGCGGAUUUUUGUUGCCCUACGGGGAUAAAACCCUGCAGCCCUUACUUGAUCAAACCCUUCAUCCUCGUCCUACCCCAGCCAUGGUGAUGUUCAAGAAGGUGAAGAACUUCGCUGUGGCCUUCAGCGAGCCCGACAAGGUUUACUUCAGCGGGGACAAGGUGGCCGGGCGAGUGCUGGUGGAGGUGGCCGAGGUGACCCGUGUCACCGCCGUCAAGGUGCUGGCGUGUGGCGUGGCCAGGGUGACCUGGGCCAAGGGCCCGGCCCAGUGCCGGCAGGAGAUGGAAUACCUGCGCUUCGAAGACGUGCUGGCCCUUGAGGAGCAGCCCACAGAUGAGGACGGCUCAGUUAUCCUGAGACCCGGCAACAAGUACGAGUACAAAUUCGGCUUCGAGCUGCCCCAGGGGCCCCUGGGCACCACCUUCAAGGGGAAAUAUGGCUCUGUGGAUUACUGGGUGCAGGCGUCUCUGGAGCGUCCGGCCUGCCCCACGCAGCAGAUCAAGAAACGCUUCGAGGUGAUGGAUCCUGUGGAUGUGAACACCCCAGAAUUGCUGUCUCCAGUAGCAGCCAAAAAGGAGAAGAAAGUGUCGUGCAUGUUCAUCCCAGAUGGGCGCGUGUCCGUCAGCGCCCAGAUCGACAGGAAAGGCUUCUGUGAAGGUGACGAAAUCUGCAUUAACGCCGACUUUGAGAACACCUGCUCGCGCAUCGUGGUGCCCAAGGCGGCCAUCGUGGCCAAGCACACCUACCUGGCCAACGGGCAGACCAAGGUGUUCUCCCAGAAACUCUCCUGUGUCCGUGGCAACCACAUCAUCUCCGGCACCUCAGAGUCCUGGCGUGGCAAAACCAUCCGUGUGAGGAAGCUCAAGCCUUCCAUCCUGGGCUGCAACAUCCUCAGGGUGGAAUAUUUCCUGCAGAUUUAUGUCAGCGUGCCAGGCUCCAAGAAAAUCAUCCUGGAGCUGCCCCUGGUGAUCGGGAGCCGCUCGGGCAUCGGCAGCCGCAGCUCCAGCAUGGCCAGUCAGACCAGCUCCGAGAUGAGCUGGGUGGACCUGAACCUCCCCGACGCUCCUGAGGCUCCCCCGUGCUACCUGGACAUCGUUCCCGAGGAUCACCGCCUGGAGAGCCCCACCACGCCCCUGCUGGACGAUCCCGACGGCUUCGACAGCCCCAUCUUCAUGUACGCUCCCGAGUUCAAGUUCAUGCCUCCCCCGACCUACACGGAGGUGAGCGCGGCGGCAGCGCCAGGGCAGGGACCGGGCGGAGCCGGGGGCGCCUGCCCGGGUUCCUCACCCUCCUCCCGCUCCCAGGUGGAUCCCUGCGUGUCCAACAACAACAACAACGCCAACAACGCCAACAACAACAACAACAACAACAUCCAGUGAGCUCCACACCCGCACCCGGGGGGAGUCCGGACUCGUGUGUGUGCCACAAACCUGCAGCACAGCUGGGAGAAAGGGAAAAAGAAAAA